AGUUCUUUGCCAUUUGCAUGCGGACGAAACAAAUCAAACAGAACAGCUCUAUUGUUAUUAUUGUUAUUAUCUGAGUGUAAAUCUGCGAAGUGUUUACGUUGUUCUUACGAUUUAACCUAAUUCUAUUUAAUAGCCUACUAUCUGAAUUCGCUAGCCGUCGUUGUGUAUGUGUUUGCGUGUGUACGGUGUGUGGCCUAGUGAGGUUUAAAACCAGCUGAAUCUACUAUUACCGUGAUUACUAGGACGUUUGUGUGUGUGCCUGGCUCGUGCGUCAUCGUUGUCGGCGACACAGCAUCACUACUGGUUUCGUAAGCCCUUCAUAUAUAUAUAUAUAUUAAUAUUUUUUGUUGCUGCUCUCAGCCUUCCCUUGCCUACAUUUAUCUCCACUAUAUACACCUAUAUUCCCUUCACGCAAACACUCGUCUUUUACCGCAUUGGCUACGACAGAGAGACGGAAAGAAACAGAGAGACAAGUGUUGUAUCGGUUCUGUUGUCUGAACUGAUUUCGGUUAUAUAUAUAUAUUGUUGUGUCGUGCGCUUCCGUCUUUUUGUUUGUGUGUGUGUGUGUGUGGCUGUGCGCAUCUACAACACUGUCCCGUAAUCUCUGCUUACCAUAACGUUGCAGUUGCGAACGUCUGACCCGAAUGUCCGCUCUCCCGCACAUCCAAAAGGAGUUCCGCAACCUCACGAGGGACCCGCCGGCGGGCUUCCGAGUGGAGCUGAAGGACAACAGUUUCUUCACCUGGACCGUGUGGUUCACCGGGCCGGAGGGCACGCCCUACGCCGGUGGCCAGUACAAGGCAUGCAUGACCUUCCCAAAGGAGUUCCCCAUGGAGCCGCCAACCUUCCGCGUGCUGUCGUCUUUUUGGCACCCCAACGUGUACCCGGAUGGCCGGGUGUGCAUCUCCAUCCUGCACCCCCCGGGCGUGGAUGAGAUGAACUCUGAGGAGACCGCCAUGAUGCGCUGGACGCCUGUCCAGACAAUCCGAUCCGUGCUGCUCUCCAUCGUAUCGCUCUGGAGCGAUCCCGACCCGAAGGACGCCGGUGCGCCGGCGAACGUCGAUGCCCUGGUGCAGUACCGCAACAGCCGUCCCGAGUUUGAUGCGCGGUGCAGGGAGCUCGCGGCAAAGUCGCUGACUGAACUGCCGCCGGACUUCGAGGCACCCUCGAUGGAGGAGCGGGUGGAGGUGACGAAGGCGCCGGGGAACACCUUCGACUACCUGGCCUCCGACGAUGACGAGUUGGAUGACGACGUUGACGACGACUUCGACGACUUCAACGCGCCCCCCGCACCGCCGUCUGCGACCAGCGGGUCUGCUGAUCCCGCCAAGAAGUACGACGAGGAGCUGCGGCAGCUUCGCGCAAUGAAUGUGGGCGAGGGCAAGAGCGAUGCGGAGUUGCUGAAUCUGUUAGUAAAGUAUCGCGGUGAGCUGGCGAGUGUGAUAGGUGAUUUGUGCUGA